AUGAAGCAGAGAAUUAGUGCAUUAGAUCUUCAGCUACUUGCUGAAGAACUGAGAGAAAAUCUAGAAAGUUACAGACUUAACAAUAUCUACAAUAUUGCUGACUCUAACAGGCAAUUUUUGUUAAAGUUCAACAAACCAGAUUCCAAAUUUAGUGUUGUAGUAGAUUGCGGUCUCAGAAUUCAUCUAACUGAUUAUGAUAGACCAACACCUCCUGGACCUUCUGGAUUUGUCAUUAAAUUAAGAAAACAUUUGAAAUCUAAAAGAUUAACAGCAUUACGUCAAGUUCAUGAUGAUCGUAUUCUAGUGCUACAAUUCGCAGAUGGUCUUUACUACCUGGUAUUAGAAUUUUUUAGUGCAGGUAAUGUUAUUUUAUUAGAUGAGAAUAAAAAGAUUUUGUCAUUGCAAAGGAUUGUUCAAGAACAUGAGAAUAAGGUUGGUGAACAAUACACUAUGUUUGACGAUUCUAUCUUUUCUAACAAUGAAAAGACCAAUGCUAGAGAACCUGAGACUUAUAAUGAAGAAACUGUCAAACAAUGGCUUCGAGAGGCACAGACGAAAUUCGAAACAGAAUCCAAAAUUCUAAAUGAAGUUGUACCAUCAGGUAAGAAAAAAGACGGUCAAAGGAAAAAAAUUAAGGUAAUGGCAAUCCAUAGAUUAUUGCUAUCAAGGGAACCGCAUUUAUCAUCGGAUUUGUUAUCUAAAAAUUUACAAAUGCAAGGUUUCAGCCCAUCAGCUUCAUGUCUUGACUUCGUGGGUCAGGAGUCUGCAAUUGUUGAUCUGCUGAAUAAUACUGAAAAGGAAUACCAGAGUUUGUUAUCCGAUUCAGAAAGAUCAGGUUACAUUCUAGCAAAGAGAAAUGUUAAUUUUAACUCUGAAAGAGAUGAGAAGGACUUAGAAUUUGUUUAUGAGACCUUCCAUCCGUUUGAACCAUUUGUAGCUCCUCAAAACGUUGGAGACACUAGAACAAUUAAAAUUGAGGGAGGUUAUAAUAAAGUAUUGGAUAGUUUCUUUUCAACCAUUGAAUCAUCUAAAUACGCUCUUCGUAUUCAACAACAGGAACAGCAAGCCACUAAGAGACUAGAAGCCGCUCGUCUAGAUAACCAAAAGAAGAUCCAAGCCCUGGUGGAUGCACAAUCUUUCAACGAAGAAAAAGGUCAUUCGAUCAUUGCUAACGCAGACCUUGUCGAACAGACGAAAUCUGCGGUGCAAGGUUACGUUGAUCAACAGAUGGAUUGGAGUACCAUUGAAAAAUUGAUCCAAGUGGAACAGAAAAGAGGUAAUAAGAUUGCACAAUUAAUUCAAUUACCUUUGAACCUGCAGGAAAACAAAAUUGCCAUACGCUUACCCGAUCCUAGUGAAGAAGACGAAGAAGAUGGGAGUGGCAGCGAUAGCGGUAGUGGUAGUGAUAGUUCCAGCGAAGCAGAAGACGAAGAUGGUUCUGAUUCUGAUCACAGCAGUGAUAGCGAUGUUUCUGAUUUCGAAACGGAAGAAACUAUUGAGAAUAGACCCAAAAAAUCACUAAAAUCUAAAAAGCAAGAGGAAAAGGGUUUGAAGGUUAGCAUUGACCUAGGCCUGUCGGCCUACGCAAACGCCUCGUACUACUUCAAUAUCAAAAAGAAUAAUGCAGAGAAGCAGAAAAAAGUAGAGAAGAACGUUGAAAAAGCAUUUAAAAAUAUUGAAGAAAAAGUUGGAAGACAAUUAAAACAAAAAUUAAAGGAAACUCAUAAUGUGUUGAGAAAGGUGAGAACGCCUUAUUUUUUCGAAAAGCACCAUUGGUUCAUCUCUAGUGAAGGCUUCCUCGUCUUAAUGGGUAAGAGUGAUUCGGAAACAGAUUUAAUUUACAGCAAAUAUAUUGAAGACGAUGACGUUUAUUUAUUCAACACUUUUGGUACUCAAGUAUGGAUUAAAAACCCAGAUAGCACCGAGGUUCCUCCUAACACUUUGAUGCAAGCUGGCAUCCUAUGUAUGUCCGCAAGUGAAGCAUGGUCUAAAAAGAUCUCAUCCUCUCCAUGGUGGUGUUUUGCAAAAAAUAUCUCUAAAUUCGAGCCCAGUGACAACAGCGUUUUGCCUCCAGGUAGAUUUCUUUUGAAGAAUGAAAACAAUAAAAACUUCAUGCCGCCAGCUCAGUUAGUAAUGGGAUUUGGAUUUUUGUGGAAAGUAAAGACUGAAGAGAAUGCAAAUGAAGAUCUUGAAGAAGUACCAGCUGAAGAGGUGGAAGAGCAUGGUGAGAACGAAGAGGAAGGUGCACCAAAGGAACAUGAUGGACCAGAGGACCAUGAAGAAUCCGGAAUACAGGAGGAAGAGAAGCAAGACGAACAAGAAAAUCAAGGAGAAGAACCGGAAGAAGAAGAAGCCAAACCCCAGGAGGCUGAUACGAAAUCCGAAGACGAAAAGGACCAUGAUGAAAAUGCAAGUACGAACGCUGGCCCAGGGGAACAAAAUAUGAACAAGAAAGUUCGUGGUAAGAAAGGUAAAUUAAAGAAGAUGCAAAGGAAAUAUGGUGACCAAGACGAAGAAGAGCGCCAAAUGAGAUUAAAUAUGCUUGGUACGUUAAAGGGGAUGAAAAAGCAACAGUUGAAGGAACAAGAAGAUUUACAAAGACAACAGAACAGAGAUUUCAGAAAAGCUAAACUAAAGAAACAACAAGAGGCACAAGCUUUCAAAUUUACUAAAAAUGAAAAAGUCAAAGUUAACUAUAAAAAAUUCCAUAAUGAAUUAAAACCUACGUUAGAUCCCAGAGAUGAAAUCUUAGAUAUAAUUCCAGUUUGUGCACCAUGGCCAGCCCUAUUGAAAUACAAAUAUAAAGUGAAAAUUCAACCUGGGAACGCUAAAAAGACAAAAACAAUGCAUGAAAUUCUCCACCAUUUUACUACAAGACCAGUUGAUACUGAAAUGGUUGAUAAAGAAGCAGAUUGGCCACCUGAACGUGAGACCAUUAAACAACUAAAGGAACAAGAUUUAAUCUUAACGCUAAGCAUGGACAAAUUGAAAGUAUCAAUUCCUGGUAAGCUCAACGGUGCCUCCAAGAAAGAUCUGCCCAAGAAGGGAAAGGCUAACAAAAACAAAAAGAAAUAG